CGGAUGGUAUGAAUGUGGGACAGCUGGCACGACGAGCAGACUCCUCACUUUUGAUCAGGACAGAGCAAGGAGGUGCUGCAUUCGAAAGGAGGCGCUGCAUGUCAUGUCGCUUUCCCUUGUGCAUCAAACGCAGUGGCAGGUCCCUGCUCUGUCACAGGCGAGGCCAGCCCGGUCACAGCAUUGCUGUUUGACACAGCCGCUUGCAGGUCUGACUUUCCGCUCGGUUGCCGCAUUGAUCACACCAAACCGUCGGGCCAAGCAUUCCCCUAGUGGCGCCAACUCAUUCUCAGCUUCCCCUUUGCAAAGGAACUCUCCUUCCAACUCUCCUUCCAAUCUGAGCUCUGCUUUGUCAGCACGUGAUCCUUCGAACUCCGCUCUGUUCAGCACAACAUCCAGGAGCAGAAUCACAAUGGGGGCUCAGAAGGUUCUCGUGACAGGAGCAGGUGGACGCACUGGGAAGCUCGUGUAUGAGAAGUUGAAGGAGCGGACUGGCGAGUUUGUUGCCAGGGGAGUGGUGCGGUCUGAGGAGAAGAAGGCGGCGCUGGGGGGAGGAGAUGAGGUAUAUGUUGCCGACAUUACCAAUCCGUCCUCACUAUCAAAAGCAGUGGAUGGGAUCGACGCUAUGGUUAUUUUAACCAGCGCCGUGCCUGUUCCUGGCCCACCUGCACCAGGAGAACAGCGCCCGACGUUUUCGUUCGCUGAGGGGGGGCGUCCCGAGCAAGUCGACUGGGAGGGGCAGAAGAACCAGAUCGACGCAGCAAAAGCAGCAGGGGUCAAGCAGAUUGUCGUGGUGGGGAGCAUGGGGGGAACAGAUGUGAACCAUCCUUUGAACAAGCUUGGCAAUGGGAACAUCCUCGUUUUCAAGCGGAAGGCUGAGCAAUAUCUGAUCGACUCCGGCGUUCCUUACACAAUCAUACGAGCUGGCGGCUUGCUUGACAAAGAGGGUGGCAAAAGGGAGCUGGUCGUUUCCAAGGACGAUGCGUUGCUGAAAACCACAACCAGGGCAGUUCCCCGUGCCGAUGUUGCGGAGGUCGCCAUUCAGGCGCUUCUCAACGACUCUGCCAAGAACAAGGCGUUUGAUCUAGCAUCAAAAGACGAGGGGGAGGGCGAGCCUACAAAGGAUUUUGCCUCGCUCUUUAGCGCAACAACUGGGGGGAUGUAAGAUUACGGGAUUCUGACUGCGAGCUUGUUAAUCGUAUUCAGGCCGGUUUGUCGGCCUUCGAUAUUGGAAUUUCAAGGCAUUCAACAGUGCACGUGAGCGCAUGACGAGUUGUCGCCGGCAUACUAAUAGCAUUCAUGACGGG